AUGGCCAAAAGUGGCUUUGUGCCAGCAUGGAUGAAAAUUCAAAGUUCAGAUAAAACAAAUGGUAACCAAAAAUUAAAUCUUGAUCGAUCAAAUAGCAAUAAUCGUCAAUCACAAACAUCAUCACAUCGAGGUGAAACAAAUUCAACUUCAUCAUCCCCACCUAUAAUAACAGGUCGGCAAAGACAUCAUUCAUCGGAUAUAGUUGAUCAUAGGACGACUCGACAUUCACCAUUUUAUUAUUAUAAAACAAUUGGACAAUGUAGAAAUAGACCUAUUGAACAACAAUCAUCAAAUGGUUUUGAUGGACAAUCAGAAAAUUUCUUUUCAUUUUCUUCAACACAUACACAAUCUCGAAGAUCAUACAGUCGAGAACGUGUACCAAAUUCAUUUACUAAAAAUUCUGAAUCUAAUGGUAAUGAAUCCUAUAAUGGAUAUCGUUCAAUAAAUAAUUCUCAACGUCGUUUACAUUCCGUCUCAUCCUAUUCAAAUGAUCGUCCACCAUCAACUACUCGUCAUAAUUCCACAAAUGGAAAUUUCUUAGAUCGUACAUCCAAUGGUGAUCGUGAAAAACUCUAUGGAAAUUCUGAUAUGACAAUAAAAACAAAUGAUUAUGAACAAAUCAAUGAUUCAUCGGGUUUCGAUCGUCUUGAACAAGACUUUCCUUCAUUAAAUGGUCGUGAAAAACAUGACUCAUCAUCUAAUGAUCGUUCUUCAUCUAUAUGGAAUAAUGCUGCUUCAAAAUUUCGUACAUCUCAUAAUGAACCAUAUAAAUUUCUUGAUCGUUCAUUAUCGAAUAAUUCUCGUACAUUAUUAGGAUCAAAUCGUAUAUCAACAACACGUAAAGAUCGUUUACUCAGUACACCAAAUGGAUUAAAUGGUACAUCACCAUCCUCAUCAUCAUCAUCGCCAUCAACAACAACAACAGCAAAUCGUUCAAUAACACUUGAGCUUCAAACAAAUUGUAUAACACAAACAAAAAAUUUAGAUAAACGUAGUGAUUUUUUUAAUUCAUUAAAAAAUGAUUCGACAAACGAUGAAAAUAAAAAUGGUACUAAACGUCAAUAUAAUCAAACAAUAAAAACAUCAACACCAAUAAUAACAAAUUCAGAUAAAAAUUUAAAAACAUCAAAAGCAACUUUACUUCUAUUAUCUGUACCUGAAACACCAGAAGAAAAAGAAUUAUUAAUACGUAUGGGUUGGAAAGAAUAUGAUGAAAUCAAUUAUGAAAUUACAGAUAAAGAUAAAGAAGAAUAUGAAAAACAAAUUAAACUUCUACGCAAAACAGACAAUACAUCGGCAGCAUUAAUGUCGGCAUUACAUCGUCGUGCAUUACCUUACAUCGAUCUACGAGAUCUUCUUCGAUUUGAAAUGAUUGGUUCAAUGUCGGAUGAUGAUAAUUCCGAUGAUUAA